UGAAAGCGUCGGAAUUAUGGGAAGGCGCCCCGAAAUCGAAACACAACAUAGUUACCGCGGAAUCGAACGGUAACAGCGCCAUUAUGGCCUCCAAAGUGACCAAUAUCAACGCGCUUGUUACGGAAGCUCUGCAGCCUGGAUCUACAGACGGCCUUUUUGUGCAGUAUGAGGGCUUCUUUACAGAGUGGUGCGCAAGAUGGAUUCAGUUUGGCGCCCAGACCGAGGAGAAAAUCGCUGCUUUUGGACGAAUCCUUCCUCUUGCGCCUCACCUUGCAGAGCACGUGGAGCGCUUCUUAGCGCAUGUAUCGCUGUCAGCAUACUUUGGAUCGCCAAAUUCGAAUCAUUCUACGGAUUCUCCGAGUUUGCACAUUGUCGAGCUCUUGCUUGGCGCCUUUCGGCUGCUCAGCUACGACUGCCGGACCUUCGCCCAGUAUGUGCGCCCGGUGGCUGUACAGCAUUUGUUCCAGCAUUCGAAUCGCGUAGUACGGUACCUGGCUGUCCGACUGUUCUGUCUGUAUGUCCAUGCGGCAGAUUACGCGACGCAAGAGAUGGUCAAGAGACAUGUUGGGGGAGGAGAGCUUGAAGGACCAUGGGAAGGACAGCAGAUCGAUUACCGGUUUCUUUCUUUGUGGGAAGAGAAGAGAUGGAAGAGCAUGCAUUUGAGUUUGCAACAAAAGCCGGGAGCAACAGGGCCUCCAGCCUCGCACCUGUACUCGGAACUAUCACCCUACACUGUCAAUGUCAACGGCAUACUGCUCCCGCGACUUGACGGCGCAGCUUCUCAGGAACGGCCUUCUGACCUCAUCUCAACACCCACGACCGAGGCCAAUUUGAGCAAGAUCGCCAACGGACUGCUAGGAUCGAGUCCGCUCCUGCUCACUGGUCUUGCGGGAUCAGGAAAGACUCUUCUUACACGACACUUCGCCUGGCAGCUCAACAAGCUCGAUAAGAUGGUCACACUUCAUCUGAAUGAGCAGAGCGAUGCGAAGCUGCUUAUUGGCAUGUACGCCACAGGAUCAAAGCCAGGAACCUUCGCCUGGAAGUCUGGUGUGCUCACAACAGCUGUCCGGGAAGGGCGGUGGAUUUUUAUCGAGGACUUGGAUCGGGCGCCGAACGAGGUCAUCAGCACGCUCCUUCCGCUCAUCGAGCGCGGAGAGCUUUUGAUACCCAGUCGUGGAGAGACUGUACGUGCCGCAAGAGGCUUCCGCAUCAUCGCCACAAUGCGAAGCACGCUCAACCCGAGAGGGCAGGAGAUCAUCCCUCGUCAAAACAUGAUCGGACAUCGAUUCUGGAACUCGAUUACGGUGCAGAUGCCACGGCUUGAAGAGUUUCAGCAGGUCAUCUCCGCGAAGUACCCGGCGCUGCAGAAGCACCUUGCCGGGAUCAUGAGGGUGUACUCUCGAUUGCUACAGCUCUACUCUGACGCAAAGUUCUCCUCGGAGAACGGCACUUCUCUGCGGGCGAUGACACCCCGCGAUCUGCUGAAGUGGUGUGACAGGAUAGCUGUGCUGUUGGCUCAAGCAUCUUCUUUCAGCACUGCCCAGACUGAUGAUAUUUUCAUGGAGGCCUUCGAUUGUUUCGCCGGCAGCUUGCGCAGUGACUCCGCACGGUUGAAGGUUAUGGCUGGCGUGGCGGAGGAGUUGCACAUUGAUCCACAAAGGCGAGACCACCUCCUUCGAGAUCGCUCGGUGAAGCUCUCAGUGCCUUCCAAGACCACAGCUGCAGGCACCAUACAAGUCGGGCGAGCUAGACUAUCCAAACAUAAGUCUUCGAAGCGAACAACGUCGAGCCGGCCAUUCUCUACCAAUGACUAUACCCUGCGUUUACUCGAGAAGGUUGCUGUGGCGGUUGAUCGACAGGAGCCUUUGCUUCUCGUUGGUGAGACCGGUACUGGAAAGACUACUACUAUUCAGUACCUGGCUGAGCUGCUUGGCCGCAAGUUAGUGGCUUUCAAUUUAUCCCAACAGAGCGAGAGCGGCGAUCUUUUGGGAGGCUACAAACCCGUCAACGUUCGUAGCCUCGUCAUUCCACUCAAAGAUGAAUUCGACGACCUGUUUGAUACCACUUUCUCGAGAAAGAAGAACCUGCGCUUCAUUGAGAUGCUGGGCAAGCGUGUCGCAAAGGGCGAGUGGAAGCGUGUCUGCACACUAUGGCGAGAAGCAUUGAAGAUGGUUGAUGCAGCCCGCAAAGCACACGAAUCGCAGCCCUCUUCUCCUGACGCCGACGGUGAUCAGCCCAGGAAGAAGCGAAAGAUGGAUUCGCUACCGGCAAACUUCCCAGGAGCGCGCUGGGAGAAAUUUGCUGCGGAUCUGCAUGAUCUCGAAGCCCAGUUGGCAAGUGGCUCUGAAGCUUUCGCGUUCUCUUUCCUGGAAGGCAACAUCGUCAAGGCAGUCAGGAAUGGCGACUGGGUGUUGCUCGACGAGAUCAACUUGGCUUCGUCAGACACGCUGGAAGCGCUUACCGAUCUUCUGAGCGGGGGACCAGAUGGCAACCCUUCGAUCCUACUCACAGAGACUGGCAGUGUGGAGCGAGUGGUUGCGCAUCAAAACUUCAGGAUUUUUGCAGCCAUGAAUCCCGCGACUGACGUUGGAAAGAAGGACCUUCCUCCUGGCAUCCGUUCGAGAUUUACUGAGCUCCACGUUGAGAGCCCAGACAGUGACGAGAAGAGCCUGCGCAACAUCGUGGAGAAGUACCUUGGUGGUGAUGGUACCGAUCCAGCUAUCGUCAGAGUAGCGCGCGACGUGACUAGCCUCUACCUCGAGAUUCAACAGCUCGCAAAGGCGAACAUGCUGGUGGACGGUGCCGAUCAGAAACCUCACUUCAGUUUGCGAACCCUCACCAGGACACUGACCUACGCACGGGAAAUAGCACCCUUGUGUAGCGUUCGGCGAGCGUUGUAUGAAGGCUUCCACAUGAGUUUCCUGACCUUCCUUAACAAAGCAUCUGAAGAUCUUGUUGCGUCCUUGAUUACGAAAACCAUGUUUCCACAAAAGGCAUCGCUGAAGGCCGAGCUCAACAAACCAUUACAGCAGCCAAAUGACGGUCGCGCAUACGUCAGGCAAGGUCACUACCUAUUGCGACAAGGACCACAGCCCGUGCAGGAGCAGUCUCACUACAUCAUCACCAACUUUGUUCAGCGGAACAUGAACAAUCUCAUCCGAGCUGCAUCAACAAGACGAUAUCCUGUCCUGAUCCAGGGUCCAACUUCGUCUGGUAAGACAAGUAUGAUCGAGUAUCUUGCGAAACGAUCUGGCAAUACUUUCGUGCGGAUCAAUAACCACGAGCAUACGGACUUGCAAGAAUACCUUGGGUCCUACGUGUCAGGGGCAGACGGAAAGCUUACCUUCCAGGAAGGUAUCCUUGUCCGAGCACUACGAGAAGGCCAUUGGAUUGUAUUGGAUGAACUGAAUCUGGCCCCUACCGAUGUCCUGGAAGCACUCAACCGACUUCUUGACGACAACCGUGAGCUUCUUAUCCCCGAGACACAGGAAGUCGUUCGACCUCACGAUGACUUCAUGCUUUUCGCUACACAAAAUCCUGCAGGUCUCUACGGAGGACGAAAGGUGCUCUCUCGGGCGUUCCGUAACCGCUUCCUGGAGCUUCAUUUUGAUGAUAUUCCAGUUGAGGAGCUGACAGAAAUUCUGCACCGGCGUACUCAGAUCCCAGAAUCUUGGUGCAAGAAGAUCGUCAAAGUCUACCAAGAGCUCUCUACGCUACGACAAGAGAAUCGCAUCUUCGAGCAAAAGAGUUUCGCGACGCUUAGAGAUCUUUUCAGAUGGGCGCAACGAAAGGCAGACACAAUACAGGACCUCGCAACCAAUGGAUACAUGCUUCUCGCGGAGCGUGUACGCAAGGAAGAGGAGCGUGUUGCUGUCAAAAAGAUCAUGGAAAGCGUCAUGAGCAAAGGUGGACCGAAGGUGACCAUCGAUGACGAGCAGAUGUUUAGUCCAGACAAUGUCAAGCAGAUCAUCGACAAUUCUCCCGACGGGUCUCAGAAGAUCGAUGCCGGCGUUGUCUGGACGCGUGCGAUGAGGAGGCUUUUCGUGCUCGUGCGCCAUGCGAUGCGCAACAACGAACCGGUGCUGCUUAUUGGCGAGACAGGAUGUGGAAAGACAACUGUCUGUCAGAUGCUGGCAGACGCGUUCGGAAAGGAGCUACACAUCCUGAAUGCGCAUCAGAAUACGGAGACCGGUGAUUUUAUUGGUGCACAGCGACCCAUCCGUAAUAGGGCAGCGAUCGAAGAGACUCUUAGGCGGGAGGUGCUCGAGGCAUUCGAAGGCGUGCCUUCGGAUGUCAAUCCUCAUACUCUCGACCAGGAGGCACUUCUUCACCUGUACGAUCAGCUUGACAAGGAACCUGCCAUCACAAUCAGGGAAGACCUUCGUAUCUCUAUCCAGACCAAUCGCAUCAAGGCUGGAGCGCUCUUUGAGUGGGCGGAUGGAAGCCUCGUUAACGCUAUGAAGACUGGCCAAUACUUCCUGCUCGAUGAGAUCUCACUCGCUGAUGAUUCUGUUUUGGAACGUCUGAACAGUGUACUCGAGCCUUCACGCACGUUGUUGCUCGCCGAGAAGGGACCUGUCGACUCGCUCGUAGUCGCCGGUGAAGAAUUCCAGUUCCUUGCAACGAUGAACCCCGGUGGUGACUACGGCAAGAAAGAGCUUUCCCCCGCGCUUCGUAACCGUUUCACUGAGAUCUGGGUCCCAGCCUUGUCUGACCUCGAUGAUAUCUUGCAAAUUGUCAGGUCGAAGCUCAACUCGAACGCUGUGCAGUACGCGGGAGCUAUCGUCUCGUUCUCGCAGUGGUUCAACGGCAAGUACAACACCUCCGUUGCAUCCUCAAUUUCGAUUCGAGACACUCUCGCCUGGGUGACUUUCGUCAACAGUACAAUCAAUGAUGAUCCGGCCUUUGGCAUUGUGCAUGGAGCCGCCAUGGUCUUCAUUGACACCCUUGGUGCCAACCCAGCAGGUUUACUUGCCAUCUCCGCUGCUUCGAUCGACGACGAGCGAAAGGCAUGUCUUGAGCAACUCAGCAAGCUUCUUGGACAGGACAUUUCGCCACUAUACUUUGGUAGAGUCGACAUUGUUAGUACAGAGCAGUCCUUCCAGCUAGGCACGUUUUCCAUUCCCAAGUUCUCGUCGGCUGCUGCAGAGCCGAACAACUUCGCUCUCGAAGCACCGACUACACGUGCCAAUGCCAUGCGAGUGAUUCGCGCCUUGCAGCUGGCCAAGCCAAUCCUGCUAGAGGGAAACCCAGGUGUAGGCAAGACAACUCUUGUCACAGCCCUCGCCAAAGCCAUCGGAAAGCCUUUGACCAGACUCAAUCUUUCGGAGCAGACAGACCUCAUGGAUCUGUUCGGUUCCGACGUUCCGGUCGAGGGUGGUGCCGCUGGUACGUUCGCAUGGCGCGAUGCACCAUUCUUGAAGGCUAUGAAGAAUGGCGACUGGGUGCUACUGGACGAGAUGAACCUGGCCUCGCAGUCUGUUCUUGAGGGUCUCAAUGCUGUUCUUGAUCAUCGUGGUGAGGUGUACAUCUCGGAGCUUGAUCAAACGUUUCAUAAGCACAAAGACUUCUGUGUCUUUGCUGCGCAGAAUCCUCAUCACCAAGGUGGUGGACGAAAAGGCUUGCCAGCGUCUUUUGUCAAUCGCUUCACCGUCGUGUAUGCAGAUGUCUUCCGCCCUGAGGAUCUUACCUUGAUCUGUAGGAAGGUGUUCCCUAGCAUUGAGGAGAGUGAGAUCAACAAGUUGAUCGGCUUUGUCGCGCAACUGGACGAGCAAGUUGUCACUCACCGUGCGUUUGGCAAUCUCGGCGCGCCAUGGGAGUUCAAUUUGCGUGACACGCUGCGCUGGCUUCAGCUGCUGGCUUCUUCAGAGUACCCUGGUUCAGCAAAAGAUUUCCUCGACACCAUCUUCGUACAGCGCUUCCGUGCCGAGAGCGAUCGUAACCGGUUGCUCAAGCUGUUUGAGAGUCUCUAUGGCGCCCACGAGCCGCGUAUGAGUCUUUAUCACAACAUCAGCACCAAGGCUAUCCAGGUCGGCUUAGGUCUGCUACCCCGCGAUACCGCAGUUGCGCGCCCAGAUGCUACUUCCACUCUGAGGGUCCCGCAGCUAGGGCCCAUGGAAGCAUUGCUUGUUAGUGUCAAGCAGAACUGGCCAGUCAUUUUGGUUGGCCCACCGGGGUCUGGCAAGACUGCGAUGAUCAGCCAGCUCGCCUUGUUCGUGGGUGCGGAACUCGUCACUUUCUCGAUGAACGCUGAUGUCGAUGCCAUGGACCUUGUCGGUGGUUACGAACAGAUCGAUCCUUCACGUCAGGCGCACCAGUGUCUGGAGCAGCUAGAGGCUUUUGUUCGUCGUAAGAUUGCGCUCUCCGAACAGCCAGUCCAGCCUCUUGUCAGGCUACUUGAGCAUCUCCACAUCGAGGGAACUCAAUUCACUGACAGUUUUUUCUCACUGCUUCAAGAACUUGCGCAGCACGACACCGAAGCCUCUACUCUGGCUUACGAUGUGCAUGCUGUUCUGCAAGCCUCCAACCAGCAAAUCGAUGGCGCGCGCUUCCAGUGGGUGGACGGCAUCCUCAUUCGCGCUUUGGAGCAGGGCAAAUGGCUCGUUCUUGACAACGCCAACCUUUGUUCCAGCGCCGUUCUUGAUCGACUGAACUCGCUACUCGAGCCCAACGGCUACUUGUCUAUCAACGAACACUCGACAGCCGAUGGUGAGGCGCGCAUCGUUCGGCCCCACCCGGACUUCAGAAUCUUCAUGACUAUAGAUCCGAGGUUCGGCGAGCUGUCGAGAGCUAUGCGGAACAGAGCUGUUGAAAUCUGUCUACUUGAGUCUGAACAAGUUGUGGAGCGUGACGCUUCGAGCGCACUGCAGUACCCGCUCGAGUCGGCCAUAUAUCGCUUCCGCCAGUUUCAGGCCCACGAGGUCCACCUGGAAUCGACAUUCGGGGCACGUUUCGAGAAUCUUGCCUUCGUCGACAACGAUCUGCUAGGAAGCUUCGCGCAGCAAACACGACGAGGCCUUGUAACUCCGGGCUCAUCGCCACGGGCUAAUGGAGGCCUCCCUUCAAUCGAAACGCAGCUGAUCGCAACCGCUCAGGUGCCUCGCACGCUCGAAGACAACAUUUCCCGCUUCACGCAGUUCGUUAGUAAGACAUGGGCUGCGCAAAUGCAGCCUCAACUUAGUACCGACCUUAUGGCUGAGCUUCUCCCAUUUCAUCCUCUCGGCAACGAGCUAAGCCUCAAUCGAUCGACUCCCAUCAAGGCAAAUGCCUUCCAGUACUCGCAAAUGUAUGAGCUAAUGCUCGAUCUCUUUGAUAUGCAGCAAGCUAUUCAUAAUCUGCCAUCCGCCAAGUUCGAACGCCGCAAAGAGAGGCAGAAGCUGCCCGCGUUCCUGCACGCAUACUGGCAAGCUUUGGUCAGACUGGUUGAGGGUAUUUGGAACGUCAACAACGAGGGUCAAUAUAUCGAUCUUUCUUUCCUCAAACCUCUGCGAACGAUGUUCUGGGCUUUCUUCACAUUGGCAAAAGGCUCUACAUUCGAUCGCGCCACUUUCCAAACCUACCUCAAGAUGCUCAGUUCCAGCACACCGACGGUAUCAAACGAGUCUCACGUCUUGGUGCAGACACUGGCGACUGUGCUGUCGAAGCACAUCGCCACCUUUGGUGCCGAUGUUCAGCUGACAACCGGCCUUAGCAUGGAGCCGCUGUGGCGUCAGUUGAAGCCAAACACGCCCAAGUCUAUCGCAGAGUUAGAGGCAAUACUCAAGCUCGAGGCCCUAGCUGACAGGCUUGACACUGUCAUGUGGAGGUCCAAUCUCAGAGCGGAUGAGAUGAUACAGAUUCGUGAGCGAUUCGCAAGUUCUCUACAGCUUGUUCGCAGCGAAGACGUCAAUCCAGACGAGCUCAUCACGAUUCUGGAUAAUGCCGUACGAGAGCUAGAAGAAGGCAUUAGCGAGGACGACGCAACUAUCACACCCUACUUCGAAGAAGAGUUCGAGGGCCUUUGCCAGUUCCUCGACAUCGCUGUCAGGCAGGAUGGUGUUCAGUACGUACCCGACAACGCAUCGCCUGCUUUGAUCUCUGCUAGGUCGAAAGCGGCUCUUUUCGCUCGUCGACCGACGAAGCUGGACACUGUCGGCGUCGGAAAGGCUGGUAGCCCCACCGAUAUAUUUGCCAAGGUGUAUCGACACAUUGGUCUGGUCAAAGAGCCAGCAGACUCUGUGGCACUACAAGCUCGUUUCCACACUGCUUUGCUUGCGAAGCUCCAUGGCGCGGAUGAAGUCCCGCUUACGCAGCUUGCUCGCUUCGAGACAGAGCUUCAAGUCUUAUCCCAACAGAUGGCCCUGGAUGCAGAAAAAAUCACCAAGGACCAGGACGAAGCUCUGGACACACUAUACUUGGAUCUCUGGCAGGCUAUCGACACGAGCAUCCCAGGAGUCCUACACACCAAGAUCAGGGCUUCUUCCAAGGCGACCGGCCAAGAAUGGAUCGAGCUUGCUCUCUUGGGGCUCCGUUCGUAUGUGCCGAACUACCCACACGACCCAGCUCUGCCGCCCAUGAUCGAGCGCAGGAUGUUCAACGAGGAAAAGACAAGUCUGCUGUCCGCGUUCAGCGCUCUUAGACAAUUCCAGACAGAGUUUACCGGCCAAGACACGAGCCUCCGCAUCCGACAGGUCGAAGCUGCAGUCCAGAGCAUGGGCGAAGAACCACCUGUGCCUGCCAUUGCUCGCCCCGAGGCUUCGCAGCUAGAUGAGCUGCAGGGCGAGCUUACAAACCUGCUUAGCAUCGUCCAACCUUUACUCAACAAGUCCAUGUCGGCUGGGGAGGCAGCGCUAGACGUCACGUUGCAUCAAAACGUAGUCAGGGUCAUUCAGAGGCUCACUGAAGGGUAUCGAGCCUACGACGAUAUCACCGACACUGUAGUCGGCCUCCUUGCGUGUCUUUACAUUGGGUUGCUCCUCGCUAAGAAGGAGCACGAAGACCAGGAAGAGACCAAGGUUGGAAAGAGCUUGCAAUAUGUCUCUCGCGAGACCCCGUUCCUUGGAGCGCACAACAAUACAUCAUCAAUCACCACAGUGGACUUCUUACGCGGCACAGAGCAAGCGCUGUCACAAAGCAACACUACGAUCGACCCUCGCUGGCAUGCUCUCUACAUCCUGUCAAUUGUCAAGAGUACAGACCCGACCUCGUUGUCUGAGCCAGCAGCACGCGGUCUGUUGCAUGGUAUCUUCACGUCGUUUUUCACGGAGUACAAGACCAAGCUUCUUCAGGACCAAGAAAAAGAAGCGCAAGACAAGAGCUUAUACUCUUACCGUGGUAUGGAGGAAGAGGAGAACGACGAAGAAGAUCGAACGCUCUUUCCCGACUACGAGGCUGAGCAGGAUGAUGAGAACGCAGUUGCGACACCUACCGCGCAAUCCGCAGCUCAGGCUACUACACGAGACCACGCAAUACGUCUAGCGAAUAUGCACACAGAGCUGUUCCUUGAGGGCCGCGAAGCAUCGGACUCAGUAAAGACUUUGCUCGAGUGGUGUGCAUCGGAGAUAAACCGCGUCGCCGACGGCAAGAGCCAUGGCACCACACACGAGAAUGCUUUGCCUGCAUUGUACCUUGCGCUCGAGAAGAAGGUAGACGCACUCAAUGGCUCCGGUACUGGGCCCAGCUACAACUUCUACUUCGAUGCGAACCUGCCAGAAUCCAAGCGCUUGAUCACGUUGGUGCACCGAAUUCAGGCCCGUUACCGUCAAAUCCGCAGCGUCUGGCCCGAGCACAUGACACUCGCAGACGUUCUACGCACCUGCGACGAGGCGCUUGCCUUCCGCCAUGUCGAUCCUGUAGCCAAGUUCAUCACCAAGGCUGAGAAGCUGCACGCCUACAUGUACGAGUGGCAGAGAGUUGCCAGCAAGCAGUACAGUACCGCUGAUCUGUUCGAUGAUCUGACGAAACUGCUUGUCAGCUGGAGACAACUGGAGCUCACUACUUGGGCUAGACUCUUCGAUCUGGAAGUUGAGAAGUGCCGUGACAGUGCUAAGAGCUGGUUCUUUGUUGCUUACGAGACUAUCAUCGCGGCGUCCGAGAGCGUCGAGAAUGAGCAGGCCAUGAGGGCGCACGCCAAGGAGCUGCUAAAGACGCUCGAGAGCUUUUUCGAGAAAACAACGCUAGGCCAGUUUGAACAGCGUAUCAAGCUCCUUCAGCAGCUUCGCCAGCAUGCUACGAUGCGUAUGCAGGAUGUUGAACAUUUCAAGAUUCUUCAUUCCACACUCGACAACUUCAUCACGUACUACUCACGUCUUGAGAAGCCGGUACGCGAAGCACUCGCUAAGGGACGACAGACUUUGGAGAAGGAAGUCAACAACGUAAUCAAGCUUGCAAGCUGGAAAGAUACGAACAUCGAGGCCCUGAAGCAGAGUGCGAAGACGAGUCACCGCAAAUUGAGCAAGCUCGUAAGGAAGUUCAGAGCCCUACUCAACAAGCCUGUGUCUAGUGUGAUGACCGCUGGGUUCGCAGAUGACGGUUCAUUGCAAAGAGAAGCCACUUUAACACUCGUUGGCGCAGCAGUCAACCCCGAAGCACUGGAAUACUGCGACAACCGCGUGCCUGGUUGGAAUGAACGACCAACGCGAUUCAAGAACCUGAGCAUCACCGUCAACAUGAUGCGCAACCUGUCCUUACCAAGAAACGACAGCGUCGAUGGAGCGGCAUACCUCGAAGAGCUCAUAACCAGCAUCACGACGUCGAUCAUCGAAUUGCAGAAAGCUACACCCUCCACUCUGACCGAGGACAACAAGGCAGAAGUCCAACAGCUCAAGACACAGAAGCGCAAACUCUACGCCGAUACGAUGAAAGAGUUACGACAGAUGGGUGUCAAGUCUAACCUGAGUGUGGACACACUGGUCAAGCAAGACGAGCUUUCGACCGUGCUGUCGUCUCUGCCAUUGGUUCAAGGAGUUGGUGUUGCGUGUGGCCGCGUUGCUGAAGGCCACUUGCACCAAGCGCUUAAUCUGAUGCCGCAAGUUCGAGCGGUGUCGAAAGAACACUCUGGCGAUCUGACAAGCAACGAUGUCGCCAAGAGUAUUGGAUACAUUGAGGGUCUGCUGCACAUCUCGAUCAAGCAGAGAGGAGUUCUCAGCCGUGCUAGCCAAGCUCUCGAAGCUAGCAAAGCACCACUGGCAGUUGCUGGGAAUCUCUGGCAGCCUGACGGCGGUCAGCUUAUCGCUGCAGCUCCACAGCAGGUAGGAGCGACCCGAGUUUUGCAGCCUAGCCUGCAGUGGCUAGUCGCAGCCCUCAAAACUGGCUCGGAUGUUAUCGCUGCUCAAGCGAAGCUCGGAAAGACCAACGAACUUGAUGCUCUGUUGCGGGCUAUGCGGGAAUGGACAGUCAAGUUGCAGGAUUUGGCUGAUGCGUACGACAAGUUGCCAACCCUGCCAGCUAAUGUCCGAUCGAACGCGCAUCAGGCAUUCGACGAGUCUGUCAAGACAGCCAUUGUCGGCCUUCGGGCCGCGUUCAAGGGAUGGAACAACGACAAUGAGAUCGCACGAACGAUCCUCAAACAUAUUCUACCUUUCAUCUUCCAGACCCCAGAGGUUACUGCUCAGCUUCCCUCGAAUGAGCUGCAACAUCUGGUCGAGCAGUGUUCCAAGGACAUCUUCAGCGCCCUGGACUCGAUUCUGGGAUCUAUGCAAGAUGUCGAGGCCGCACUCAAGGAACUUCCGGCUUCAUCCGAAGACGCUGCAUGGGUGGUGAAAGAGGAACAAGUUCUAUCUGCCGCCAUCAGCGGUCUCCACGCUUCUCAGAUCUGCGAUGCCUUGCAGACCAUUCUGGACAAGAUGCAAUACCUCCACAAUGAUGCCAACCUCCAGGGCAUCGCUGCCAUGUUCGCAGCCAUCCAACCCAUUCUCAACCAAUACAUCGCUUCACACCAAUACCUUGUCGACCGCUUCGAUGCGCUCCACACAUCAACGACCAAGCUGCUCUACCGCCUCUCCAAGUCAUUCAUUCAAAUUGGCACCCAAGGCUUCUGCCAGCCGCCCGAGAAGUCCUCAGACCAGCAGAAGGGCAAAGACGAGAAACUCGAAGAAGGUACCGGUCUGGGUGAGGGCGAAGGCGCAGAAGACAUUUCCAAAGACAUUGAAGACGACGAAGAUCUCGAAGAUCUUGCGCAAGAAAAGGGUGAGCGCGAAGGCAGUAUCGAAGAAGAGGACGACGCCGUUGAUAUGGGUGAGAACGAUAUGGAAGGCGAGACCGAAGAGGUGGGCGAGAAAGAAGAUAAAGGUGAUGAAGAGGGCGAGGAGGGAGAUGAUGAUGUGCAGAGUGAGGUUGGGAGUGUUGAUGAUCUGGGGCCGAGCGCGGUUGACGAGAAGAUGUGGGACGAUGGCGGCAAAGACGAUGAUGCGAAGGAUAAAGAGGGGAAGCAAGAUGUUGGUACCGAGGAUCAGGAGGAGCAGGUUGCUAAUGAGCAGAAGGAGAAAGAGAAAGAACAAGCUGGCGAAGGGGACAAAGAAGAAGAGAAGAAAGAGGGCCAAGAGGGUGAAGAAGAUGAAGAGAUGGAGGGUGAGGAUCAAGAGGAGAAUGUUGGUGCAGGGGAGACUGAGCAGAUGGAUCCGCAUGCCAAGGAAGAAGAAACUUUGGACUUGCCGGAGGAUCUGAACAUGGACGGCCAGGAUGAUGAUGGGAAAGAAGACGAUGAUCUUGGCGAUAUGGAUAUGGGCGAUGAUCUCCCCGAAGAUGAGAUGGAUCCCGAUAUGGGACCUGAUGCCGAGCCAGAUACCGUCGAUGAAGAGAUCGGGCCAGAGCAGGAAGGCGAAGAGGAGAAAGACACCACGGGUCAUGUCCAAGAUGAAGAGCAGCCUGCUGAAGACGAAGGGCAGGAAGAUGAUGAGCCUAUGGACGAUGAUGCCGUUCCUCUACCCGACGAGAACAUGCCUGACGAUGAGCUUCGUGAGCAAAAGGAUACCGACCAGACCGAUCCGAACGCAGAGGCUGGAGCUGGCACCGAAGCCAAUGAGGAAGCACACCAAAACAAGAAUGAGCAAGCUUCCGCCAGCGCCGCUAACCGUGACGAGGGUGAAGAAGGCGAUGGCUCCGAUCAGAAGCAGGACACUGCUGCGGAAGAUGGCACACUAGGUCAGACAACUGCACCUCAUGCAGGUGGUCGUGGUGAAGAGCCUGAAGAGUCAAAGGAGACUCAGUCCUUCAAGAAGCUGGGCGAUGUGCUAGAGAAGUGGUACAACCAGCAGAAGCAGAUCUCCGAAGCGCGAGAGAAGGAUGAGACGCAGGUUCAACAGAUCGACAAGGAGAUUGACAUGGCUGAUGCGGACUUUGAGCAUCUCCAAGAUGAAGAGCAGCAGGCUGACACGCAAGCACUGGGUACUGCGACUGAGGAGCAAGCCAAGGCGCUGGACCACGAUAUGGCCAUGCCUAUGAAUGAGAAGGACGAAGAAGAGAAGAUGCCGACUCGACCCGAAGAUAACGAUCAAGACAUGGCAAAUCCACAGGAUGUCGAGAUGGAAGAUGCGGACAGCAAGCCCGAGCCCGAACAAGAGGAGCAACAACCUCAACCCGGCGCUACGGACGGCCAACCGCAAGCUUUCAUCGGCGACCAGAAGCCCUUCCCCAACCAAGACGAGGAAGACAUGGCCGAUGCCAUGCCCCUUGACGAAGACGUGUCUGACUCUGAAUCUGUUGACGAAGUAGACCAUCGACUAGAAACCACCCAUCUCGACUCCACCGCCAUGGACCCCACAACCGCACGCUCCCUCUGGCUUGCGCAUGAAUCAGCGACCCACUCACUCUCUCAACAACUCACCGAGUCUCUCCGCCUGAUCCUCGCACCCACUCUCGCCACCAAACUCCGCGGCGACUUCCGCACAGGAAAACGCCUCAACCUCAAGCGCAUCAUUCCGUACAUCGCAUCUGGAUACAAGCGCGACAAGAUCUGGCUGAGGCGCAGCCAGCCGAGCAAGAGGAGCUACCAAGUCAUGAUUGCGCUGGAUGACAGUAGGAGUAUGGCGGACAGCGGGGCCAGCAAUCUCGCUCUCAAGACGCUGACUUUGGUCACACGAUCACUUGCUAUGCUGGAAGUGGGCGAAGUUUCCGUCGUAGGCUUCGGCGACUCGGUGAACGUCGCGCAUGACUUCGACAAGCCAUUUACCUCCGAAGCAGGUGUAAGAGUGUUCGAGCAAUUUGGGUUCGACGCUGCGAAAACGAACGUCCGCGGCUUGGUCGACAGAUCGCUUGAUCUGUUUGCCGAGGCGAGGCGGAAGGGGAGUUCGAACGCGGGCGAGGAUCUGUGGCAGUUGAUGCUCGUUGUCAGUGAUGGUAUUUGCGAUUCUCACGCUGAGAUCCAGAGACUUGUUCGCAAAGCUCAGGAGGAACGGGUCAUGAUCGUUUUCAUUAUCAUCGAUGCGACUGCUGCUGCUCCGUUCGCUGCACCAGUGCCAGCGCCUAGCGAUUACCCCGGGGCCCAGCCCGAGGCUCCAAAGAAGGAGCAAGACAAGACGAGCAUCCUGGACUUGCAGUCUGUGGAGAUUACGCCCGAGGGCAAGGUGGUUAGGUGGAAGUAUAUGGAGCGCUUCCCGUUCAGGUACUAUUUGGUGGUGAGGGAUGUUAGGGAGUUGCCGGGUGUGUUGGCAGGGGGUGUGCAGAUGAUCGAUCAAGCGAAGCGUGCACAAGCUUGA